CAGCGCAGAGGAGAAAAAACAUGUCCCGUUGCGUGGAUCCGCUGGUGGUGGGGCGGGUGAUCGGCGAGGUGGUGGACUUGUUCGUGCCGUCGGUGGCCAUGGCUGUGGCCUACGGCGCCAGGGACCUCAGCAACGGCUGCCACGUCAAGCCCUCCCUGGCCGCCGACCAGCCGCUCGUCGGCAUCUCCGGCCGCCGCAACGACCUCUACACCCUCGUGAUGACGGACCCUGACGCGCCUAGCCCUAGCGAGCCCACCAUGAGGGAGUACCUCCACUGGAUAGUGGUUAACAUACCGGGUGGAACAGAUGCAACUAAAGGUGAGGUGGUGGUGCCAUACAUGGGGCCGCGGCCGCCGGUGGGCAUCCACCGCUACGUGCUGGUGCUGUUCGAGCAGAAGACGCGCUUCCCCUACGUCGCGGAGGCGCCGCCGGAGGAGCGCGCCUACUUCAACACCCGCGCCUUCGCCGGCAACCACGAGCUCGGCCUCCCCGUCGCCGUCGUCUACUUCAACUCCCAGAAGGAGCCGUCCGGGCACCGCCGGCGCUGAAGAAAGCGCGCGCCGGCCGGGCUACUCCGGCACCGCCCGCUGCAUGCGCACCGAGCUACAAUACUUAAUCCCGGUGAAGAAUAAUAACUGAGAUUCCAUAAGUUAGCCAGCAACUGCUAUGUGCUGUUUUUACUGUUGUGUAAUUGCGCUGUGCUUGCGUAUGCAUGCAUGAGAUGCAUGGACCAUAUAUGUCUUGGGGUUUUGCAGAACAACUCUGUCUCCGCGCGACGGGGAUAUUUCCUGCGCGUGUUCUUGUAAUAAUAGUACUAGCAUGCAGCUGGCGCUUAAUUUCA